AUGGAAGAUACCAUUGACACCGCCAUGGGGGUGUUCUCUUAUCAGUACCUGGCGUCCAAUGACAGUUUACUUUUCAACAUCACACCAACCCACUUCCCCCCCCUGCCACCCAUAAUAGACCACACCAUCAGCUUCACCACCAUAGUAGCCCUCUUCAUCACCAUGGUUUCACUGGGCUGUACCAUGGAGGUGUCCAAGAUCAAGACCCACAUCCUGAAACCUAAAGGAGUAGUCAUCGCAGUGGUGGCCCAGUUCGGAGUAAUGCCCCUCACUGCCUUCUCAUUGGCUAAGGUGUUACAGCUGGGGCCGAUUGAGGCUGUAGCGGUGCUGAUCUGUGGAUGCUGUCCAGGGGGAAACAUCUCCAAUAUACUGGCCCUGGCACUGAAGGGAGACGUGCACCUCAGUAUUGUGAUGACUACCUGCUCUUCAGUUCUAGCCCUGGGUAUGAUGCCACUGCUCCUCUACCUAUACUGCCAGGGCUUCUCCAACAUGGAGAGUGCUGUCCCCUACGCUGGCAUCACUCUGGCCCUGGUCAUGACUCUGUUCCCUUGUGUCAUCGGCAUCCUCAUCAACUACUACAGGCCGCAGUACUCCAAGACCAUUACCAAGAUCGGUCUGUCCUUCCUGUUGAUAUCCAUGGUAGUGAUCGUCUUAUUGGCCAGCGUGACCAGAGGAACAAUAAAUGUGAUGCUGACCGUCCUGUCCCCUCAACUAAUGGCCACUGCUGCCCUCAUGCCCCUCAUUGGCUACUCUUUAGGAUACAUCCUUUCAUACCUGUUCGGAGUCAACAGAUCGGGGCAGAGGACCAUCGCCAUGGAGACGGGAUGUCAGAACAUCCAGCUGUGUUCCACCAUUUUGAAGGUGGCGUUCCCUCCCGAUGUGAUUGGUCCGCUCUACCUCUUCCCUAUGGUCUACAUAGUGUUCCAAGUGGGAGAGGCCUUACUGCUCAUCGCCCUCUUCUGGGUUCACCAGAGGUUCUUUAAAACAACAAAGAAAGAGAAGCGGGUGUACGAGGCAGUGAAGUUAGAGGAAGCCAGCCAGCCCAGCGAUGUGGCCAUUUGA